AUGAGUGAGAAAGAGAGGUUGUGUAAGAAGUCUUGAAAUUGUGUUCAAUUUUUUAUUUAAUUUUUUUUUUUUAAAUUUGGGUGUGAAGCAUAGUCUAAACUAUUAUUUUCUCCGUUUAUCAGCACUAAAACGUUUGACAUGAGUGGAAAAUACACAUGUAUCACCUGUCGUGUUGCGUUUAGCAGUGCGGAAAUACAACGAAUGCACUAUAAGACUGACUGGCAUCGAUAUAAUUUGAAAAGAAAAGUUGCAGAGUUGUCGCCUGUGACAGCUGAGGAAUUUCAGCGAAGAGUACUGCAGCAGAGGGAAGAAGAUAAUGAUUUAAAUAAGAACUGUUCUUUUCAUUGCGAUUCUUGCAGAAAGCUUUUUAACACUAAGAAUGCUUAUGAAAAUCAUUUGAAUUCGAAAAAGCAUCAAGAAAGUGUACUAACUAAUAGUUUCAGCAGUCCAGGAACCCCAGAAAAGAAGAAACCUGAAAAUGAUGUGGAUUCAGAAGAUUCCGAGAUCGAAGAGGUUGAUUCAGACGAAUGGGACGACGACUCUGAAGAUAACCCAAUACUGAAUAAUAAUUGCUUAUUCUGUUCACAUCAUAGUAGAAACUUAAUGAAAAACUUGAAGCAUAUGUCUGUUGCUCACUCGUUCUUUAUACCAGAUGCUGAAUACGUUGUCGAUUUGAAAGGUCUCCUAAUGUAUCUGGGUGAAAAGGUUACACAAGAUUUUAUGUGCCUAUGGUGCAAUGAUAGAGGCAGAACAUUUUAUUCUGCUGAAGCGGCAAAGCAACAUAUGCAAGACAAAGGCCAUUGUAAAAUGUUGCACGAGGGUGAAGCACUGACAGAAUACGCAGAUUUCUAUGACUACAGCUCAAGUUAUCCCGACCAAGAUAAAGAUCCAGAUGAAGAAGUGGAUAUCACAACAUUAGAUGAUUCUGAUUACCAGCUUGUUUUGCCUUCUGGGACAGUAAUAGGUCAUCGGUCUCUCUUGAGAUACUACAAGCAGAACUUGAAGCCGGAAAGUGCAGUUGUGACUCCUCACCAGAAGAAGCUUCACAGAGUUCUGGCACAGUAUAGAGCUCUAGGUUGGACAGAAACACAGCAGGAACUGGCUGCAAGGAAAGCCCGGGAUAUACAUUACAUGAAACGACUGCAAGCAAAGUACAGCACCAAACUGGGUAUGCAAAACAACAAGCUGCAGAAGCACUUCCGGCCACAAGUCAACUUCUGAGAUGUUGGGUGUCAGUUGGAUCACUGCUGGAAUGUCUUCAAUUUUUUGUGUGUGUCUAACCGAACAGUAAUUGAGCUAAGAUUGCUUUGAACUAGUGUGAGAAAGUUGUGGGUGCUGCAGAGUCAUCAGAUGUGAGAGUGGUUUUUUUGUCUGUACAGAGCCAUACUGUGCAUUUCAAACAGCAGCACCCCCACAGAGAAUAUUUGAGACAGUGUUAAGUUUGCCAUUCAUGUGUGGUGUGAUGAGUUGCAACCAGGAUUUAAAUAUAAGUAGUUUUUAUAUUUGGACAGUGUAAUUAUCAAGCAGUUAAAGGUGUUUGCAACAUUCUUUCAGUUAGUACCCUGAAGAUGGGUUCUUAUAUUCUGAGCGGUACUCUGUCAUAUGUUACUACUAAUUGUUCAUAGCAGUAUCAUUACAAUUAUGUUAACUGUGUUCACUUUUACAUUACCUGAAUCGUUGCACCUCAGUUAAGUAGCUGUACAUGUAUAUAUGAAACUGAUGUAUAUCACAUAUUGUUUAUUUAUUGAGAGUGGAAAUGUAUGCUGAAAAAUAACCCCCCAAUCUGUAGACGAGGUGCUCAGCAGUAGGGAGAUCAUGGGCAGGUGGAAGGGGGGGACUUGCGUUCAGUAAUUAGGUUACAGUGUUUCUCUUGUUUAGAUCCUUAUGUACUGCUUGUUGCAUGAAUUGAAUGGUUAUAUUUUUUACAUAUUUGUCGAACAUGUGUUAUUCAAAAAUCAACCAAUUGUAGGUUGUAUUUUUUGGGGGGCUAUUGUUAUUCUGAAUUGUGAAAUCUUCAAUUUUGGAUUAAUUAGCACAUUGGUUUUGAUGCUUCUCAUAUUGUUAAGACUAAUAUGUGAGUCUGCAAUGUUUAUAAGUUAAGCAUUUCACAAACUACUGCAUUCCUGGUAUGGGUGUGUACUUAAUCUGUUCAUAGUGUGUGUGUGUGUUGCUGAGCUGUGUGCAACACAUGUUAGGAGGUGAUAAAUAUUUUGAAAGUUUUUGUAUGUGUAAAAUUCAUUCCUGCUAUUGUAUACUUGGUACAUGAGACACAAUGUGUUCCUGAUAUUAUGGUUUCAUUCACCAAAUACAGGAUUGAUGAUGGUGCUGAUUGUCACAUGGAUGUCAUAAUAAAGAUGCAGAAUUAUUUUCAAAUUGAAUUUUUUAUAUGUAUCUGAUAACCUUUUAUACUGUUUCUGAGAAGGAAACACUAAAUAAUGUGACCUGGUAAACCAUCACUUCAUAAGUCACACUCAGAGUGCACUGGAAACUGCUGGAAGUCUGUCAAAACUAAAGAAGAAGAAGAAGAAGAAGAAGAAAUCUCCUGUAGAACAUCGGCAUGUUUAAGUUAAACAUACAAAGAUCUUGCUUUUGUUAUUUUUUUUAUAUAUUGAAAGCACCUGAAGAUCCAUCCAGUUUAUAUGAAAACCCUUCUUUUGGAGUGUCACUCAGCAACUAAAUGGUUAUGAUUAACACAGCUCCAAACAGGAUCAGGAAUUUAUCUCACAUGAAAGUCUUGAGGAAAAUAGCAAAAUCUCAUAAAAUAUCUUGAGAAAUGAUAAACCAUGCUGCCCUCUCUUAAUGGGCAUGUAAUGUAAGAACUACCCUGGAGUGCAACAAAUGGGUUAAUUGUGUGUCAAUGAGCUGUGUCUGUCAUGGUCUUCAUGCAGUUUCCCGAGUGCUUGAAACGAGCAGUUGACAUCUGGCUCUCACUCAGAGCUGAUACGCUGCUUCAGACAGUGAGCUUCUGUGAAGUUUGGAAGGUAGGAGAUGAUGUACUGGCAGAAUUGAAGCUGUGAGUACGGGUCAUGAGUCAUGCUUGGGUAGCUCAGAUGGUAGAGCACUUGACCACGAAAGGCAAAGGUCCCAAGUCCGAGUCUUGGUUCGGAACACAGUUUUAAUCUGCUAGGAUGUUUAAAUCAGUGCACACUCCACUGCAGAAUGAAAAUAUCAUUCUGGAGCCAGAUUUUUGUACAUUUGCCAGAGCAUCUGCUCAAAGUGAAAGUGGAAACACUGGUUUAUUUACAAAAAGGAAUGAUGUAGAAGAAAAUUCAGUUUGGAUGGUGAUCAAAAACAUGUCCUGAUGCUUAGUUAAUAAGGCAAGUAUCACAAGGACACAAUUUAUUCACCUGUUAAUGAAACUAUAUACUAUUUCCUAUUGCAGAAAUUUAAUUUGCUGUUACACCAAACACAUACAGAGUUGUAAUCCAU